AUUGGCCCACAGCUGUUUUUCUUUUAAUGUAUGAAGGUGACACAUUGUGAACAAUUCAAACAAAAAUAAGGAGCAAGAAGGCAAAGCCGCCUCUGACCUUGGCCACCCCCAUCCCACUCCUCGGAGAGAACCAUUGGUAAUGAAUGUCCAGCUUUGUGGAGCCACCUGACACCAUGAAGAAGCUGUUCCUGGUAGAAAACUGGCCAGAUGAUGCAUUGCUGGCCAAGCCCAGAGUGAGCAAGUCCUGCCUGAUCUGUGUGAAGGACAGCUACACCGACUUCCACGUCGACUGUGGGGGCACCUCCACCUGGUACCACGUGCUCAAGGGGGAGAAGACCUUCUAUCUCAUCAGGCUGGCCUCGGUCGAUAUCUUCUGUAUGAGUGCUGAUGGUCUGCCGCUAACCACAGCGAGAUGUUCUUUGCUGACCAGGUUCACAAAUGCUACAACUGCAUCGUCAAGCAGGGCCAGACCCUCUUCAUCCCCUCAGGCACUGACAGAGCUCUCGUGGGCCCCGAGCCCUGCAGCCUCCCAGGGCGGUUGUCCCCUGGUCCACCUCAGCUAUGCAGGGCCCAGAGGGGAAGCCUGAGCUGGUGUGUCUGGGGCCUGGACCCACCCCCAUCGUCACCUGCUUGAUGGUCAGUGCACUGAGAAUGGCUCUUUGGUGGCUUCCAGAGCAUAUGAAGUUGAAAAGAGGUUGAAACUAGGCAGCCUGACUCAGUUUCCCAACUUCAGAACUGCCUGCUGGUACAUGGGGAAGCACCUGCAGAGGCGUUCAAAGUUAAAGAAGGCCAUGUGAGAACACAGCUAGAAGGUGACCAUCUACGAGCCAGGAAGAGAUCCCUCACCAGAAACCAGCUGGCCAAAACAACAUAACUUUGGACUUCCCAGCCUGCUGAACUGUGAGAAAAUAAAUUUCUGUCGUUUAGGCCACCUAGUCUAUGGUACUUGUUAUGGCAGUUCAAGGAAAUAUAUACAAGCAGGAAAUAACUCUCUGGAAUGAGGAUGGGGUGCAGGUAAGCAAUAGCAAGUGGCUGGGUGCCUGAUGUACAAAAUGAGUAAAGGUAUACAAACCUUUCCUUUGUUAAAGGAAACCAAAAAUAUUUCACCCCGAAACAUAGUUCUUUGAUGUAUCUUGAGGUGGCUAUUCAGAGGGCCAGCAGACAGGAAUAGUGCAGAAAAGCUGAUUUUCGUGGAGUAGAUUUGCAUCUGUGGAGAAAAUCUAUAUAGGUGAAAUAAACAGCCAGGCUUUCUCUGAGAUUCCCCUUCUGCAACAUGGUAUAUAGGCUUCUGAACCCCACUAAGGUAUUGACAAUCACUAUGUGAUUCUCUUUGUGCACACUAAUAAAUUUGCAUGCCAUUUCUCCUGUUAAUUGAACUUUUCUGAGUUGAUUUUUCAGCAAAACUUCAGAGGGCAAAGGGGAAGCUUUUCAUUGGCCUCUACACCUGGUUUCCACCUGAUUAAUUGGCCUCCUGAAACUGCCCAGCUGUUCAAAAUGAUUUAUGCAUCUAUGUGGCAUGGAUCACUUCACUACGUCCAGUACUAACCUAAGCAAUGCAGGCUCUUGCCCGUUCGAGAUGAGACUCUAAUAAAGCAUGAACAUUGUCUAAGCCACCUAAAACUUUCAUAGAGAAGAUAGUCAUUGAUUUCACAUAUUGGUUCACAGAAAAAAAGAAUGGGGCCAUUAUGUAUAAUUAACCUUACCAUCAUUAUCAUCUGAGAAGUCUUUUUCUAUAUUUUAAAGUAAAUGUCAAUUUAGGUAGUGAGAACUAUAAACUACAUUAAGUUGAAAUGAAAAUGCUGACCAUAUGUUAAUAACUUCAUGUUAAGGAAAUAUAUUCACUCGCUGAGAAAGUCUACCAUUUUAUGACAUCAUGAGCAAUUAAAUAUUUUGAAUUAUUUUUAUUUUAUAUAUAUACUAUUUGCAUUUUUUGGUUUGCUUAUAAUAUUCUCUUUAUAUACAACCCCCCAAAUAAAAAUAAUUUGGAAAGACAUGAAGAAGAAACUACCUACCACCAA